AUGGACGAUCGGAACUUCAGAGAGAAAGAGAAAUACAUUCGCGAACAGUGUCUUGACUGUGCCCGCAUCUUUCUAAACGAUUCCAAGGCCGACUUGGUCGUCUACUGUUACCCCGUCCAAGUUGUUGAGAACGGCGAGGCCAAAGAAGGCAGCAACUACUACAUAGCGACCGUAAUUGAACUGACGAGAGGAGAGAACUCCGUAGCAAGGAAGGAGGCAGCGGGCGGAUAUGCUGAUCACACGACUGGAGCAUUGGAAAAUCUCCUUACCAGUCUCCAUGAGAAGAUCAGAAUUCAAGUCGAAGCGAAGAAGAACAUUGCCACGCUACACCUAAGGGUUUUAAAAUCGAGUGGACAGCCUGUACCACCAUCGAUGCUUAAUGCCUGA